UUGUGCAUGUUUAACUAUCCAUUCUAGUACUAACUCCAGAGAGAGAGAGAGAGAGAGAGAGAGAGAGAGAGAUGGAAUGGAAGAAAAGUUAUCUGGAUUUGGUACUGGUACCAUUAGGGUUUCUGAUAACCAUUUCAUAUCAUGUUUGGCUGUGGCAUAAGGUUCAGACAGAGCCCCUCACAACCACCAUCGGAAGAAAUGCACACGGACGACGUUUCUGGGUCGAGGCCAUGAUGAAGGACAUUGAGAAAAAGAAUAUCCUGGCAGUCCAAACCCUCCGGAACAUGAUAAUGGGAUCAACCUUAAUGGCCACGACCUCGAUCCUUGUCAGCGCCGGCCUAGGAGCAGUCAUAAGCAGCACAUACAGCGUGAAGAAGCCUAUAAACGACACCAUUUAUGGGGCUCACGGGGAGUUUAUGGUGGCGUUAAAAUACGUGUCACUCCUUACAAUUUUCCUCUUCUCUUUUUUCUGCCACACUCUCUCCAUUAGGUUUCUGAACCAGGUUUGUCUCCUCAUCUCCGUCCCAAUUGCAAUAGACCCUGUGGGAAUAGUGACGGGAGAAUAUUUGACAGAGCUUUUAGAGAAGGGUUGUCUUUUGAACACUGUGGGCAACAGGCUCUUCUACUUGGCCAUUCCUCUUCUGCUUUGGAUCUUUGGGCCGGUGCUGGUUUUCCUCUGCUUCGCCGCAAUGGUGCCGGUGCUUUACAACCUCGACUUUAUCUGUCAGAAAGUUGGCAAGGGAAGGGUGGAUGAGAAUGGAAAUGGGGAUUAUGUUUGAGAGGGUAAAGAAAAUUGUAAUAAAAAAAAUGUUGUAAACAAUAUUAUUGCAUGAAUUAUGGCGUUCAUGGAUCGUGUGCCUUUUGGCAAUAUGAAUUA